UCGCGCGUCCUGAUAUCACUCCGCUGGCAUGGAGGAGGAGGAGGAGGUGGAGGAGCGAGAGGAGGAGGAGGCGGCGGCGGCGGCGGCGGCGGCGAGCAGUUGAUCAUUGUGAUGGUGGCAGGAGCAGCGGCGGCAGCGGCAGCCCAGCCGAGCGUUAGGGGCUGCUCUCCGCGCGGCGUUUUGCAAAGGACUUCACCGAUCUACUUUUGCAGUCGCCUCGGACUGUCCAUGUGUUUACUUCCCCCAGCCCGAGGAUUCGAUAUCUAGGUUCCUGUGAAAUGCAACUGAGCAGCCAAAGUACUUUGAGAACACGGGGCGGCAUAAACACCAAAACUUUUUUGUGGAAGGAAAAUGCAAUAAGCAAGCUUGCCGUUUUCCGAUGCGGUGUGGAGUGAGUGUGUGUCGCGCGUGUCCGCACUGGAGGCAUAUGCUUGUGUGUGUACAUGGGUUGUGUUUUUCGGUACGUAGGGAGAAAAUGCUUGCCAACCACCGGAAAUCUCUUGGAAUUUAUUAGAAAAUAAUGGAUUAUGAAAAGAAGGCAGGCGAAGAGCGGAUCUUCCCUUGAGUUGCAACCCGAUUUGCUGCUGGCUCAGUUUGUUGUGAUUCUUUUUGUUGAUAGGUGUCUGAUGGUAUUCUGAUAACACCCCCCCUUUUUUCCCCUCGAGCUUUACAGUUUAAAAAAAGGAAACAAAAAAACCACCCCAAAAUCUCUCCCCCCCCCCCUUUUUUUUUUCGCCCGGUCGGGAUCGCUGUUUCCAUCCAUGUGCUUGCGUCUCCCCCGCGUUCCACUUAAACUAUUUUAAUCCUUGGACCCAAGGAGGAGGCUGAUAGGGGGUGGAUAAAAAAAGUUCUUCCAAAAUAGUGUGCCCGGGGAGCAGGAUGGGGGAUUUCGCAGCCCCCGCUGCUGCCGCGAAUGGCAGUAGUAUUUGCAUCAACAGUAGCCUGAACAGCAGCCUCGGCGGGGCCGGGAUCGGUGUGAAUAAUACUCCCAAUAGUACUCCCACUGCUCCGUGUAGCAGUCACCCCGCUGCCGGCUGCGGCAGCGGCGGCUCCGGGGGCCCGGGCGGCGGAUCGGCGGCCGUCCCCAAGCACAGCACGGUGGUGGAGCGGCUCCGACAGCGCAUCGAGGGCUGCCGGCGCCACCACGUCAACUGCGAGAACAGGUACCAGCAGGCUCAGGUGGAGCAGCUGGAGCUGGAGCGCCGGGACACCGUGAACCUCUACCAGCGGACCUUGGAGCAGAGGGCCAAGAAAUCGGGCGCCGGCGCCGGCAAGCAACAGCACCAGAGCAAACCCCAGCAAGAUGCGGAGGCUGCCUCGGCGGAGCAGAGGAACCACACGCUGAUCAUGCUCCAAGAGACUGUGAAAAGGAAGUUGGAAGGAGCCCGAUCACCACUUAAUGGAGACCAGCAGAAUGGUGCUUGCGAUGGGAGCUUUUCUCCAACUAGCAAGCGAAUACGAAAGGACAUUCCCACGGGGAUGGAAGCCAUCAACAAUUUACCCAACAACAUGCCACUGCCUUCAGCUUCUCCUCUUCACCAACUUGACCUGAAACCCUCUUUGCCCUUGCAGAAUAGUGGGACUCACACUCCUGGGCUUCUGGAAGACCUGAGUAAAAAUGGGAGACUCCCAGAACUUAAACUUCCUGUGAAUGGUUGCAGUGACCUGGAGGACAGCUUCACCAUCGUGCAGAGCAAAGAUCUCAAACAAGAACCUCUUGAUGACCCUACUUGCAUAGACCCAUCAGAAACCUCUCUUUCCAACCAGAACAAGCUGUUCUCGGACAUUAACCUGAACGAUCAGGAGUGGCAGGAGUUAAUAGAUGAACUGGCCAACACCGUUCCUGAAGACGACAUACAGGACCUGUUCAAUGAAGACUUUGAAGAGAAAAAGGAGCCGGAAUUCUCGCAACCGGCCACAGAGACCCCGCUGUCCCAGGAGAGCGCCAGUGUGAAGAGCGACCCGUCUCACUCUCCUUUCGCUCACGUCUCUCUGGGCUCGCCCCAGGCCAGGCCUUCCUCUUCGGGUCCUCCCUUCUCCACCGUCUCCACGGCCACCAACUUACCUUCCGUGGCCACCACUCCCGUGGCGCCCAACCCCGCCAGCUCCCCCGCAAACUGUGCGGUCCAGUCCCCUCAAACUCCCAACCCAGCUCACACGCCGGGCCAGGCUGCGGCCCGGCCCGGCAAUGGUUAUCUCCUCAAUGCCGCCGCCGUGCCGGUGGCCGCGGCGGGCCCGGGCCCCGGGGCCGUGCCCGGCUCCGACCUGUCCCCCGCCGAGCAGCUCAAGCAGAUGGCCGCGCAGCAGCAGCAAAGGGCCAAGCUGAUGCAGCAGAAGCAGCAGCAGCACUCCAAUCAGACUUCCAGCUGGUCUCCCUUAGGGCCGCCAUCCAGUCCCUACGGAGCAGCUUUCACGGCGGAAAAACCAAAUAGCCCCAUGAUGUACCCCCAAGCCUUUAACAACCAAAAUCCUAUAGUGCCUCCCAUGGCCAACAACCUGCAGAAGACGACAAUGAAUAACUACCUCCCUCAGAAUCACCUGAAUAUGAUCAAUCCGCAGCCAAAUAACAUGGGUGCAAACUCCUUAAACAAACAGCACAACAUUCUGACUUACGGCAACACGAAGCCUCUGACCCACUUUAAUGCCGACUUGAGUCAGAGGAUGACGCCCCCGAUGGCCAAUCCCAACAAGACCCCCCUCACGCCCUACAUCCAGCAGCAGCCCCCGCAGCCGCCCCCGCCUCAGCUCCAGGCCCCCAGGGCGCACCUGAGUGAGGACCAGAAACGCGUGCUCCUCAUCAAGCAGAAGGGAGUGAUGAGUCAGCCCGUGGCUUACCCGGCGCUGCCAUCCCACGGCCAGGAGCAGCACCCAGUGGGGCUUCCCCGGACCACGGGCCCCAUGCAGUCCUCCGUGCCCCCAGGCUCAGGGGGCAUGGUCUCCGGAGCAGGGCCUGCGGGGCCAGGCUUCCUGGGCAGCCAGCCCCAGACAGUCCUCAUGAAGCAGAUGCUCAUUGACCAGCGGGCCCAGCUGAUGGAGCAGCAGAAACAACAGUUCCUGCGGGAACAGAGGCAGCAGCAGCAGCAGCAGCAGCAGCAGCAGCAGCAGCAGAUUCUCACAGAGCAGCAGCUGCAGCAGCCGCACUUACCCCGGCAGCACCCGCAGCAGCAGCAGCGGAAUCCGUACCCAGUGCAGCAGGUCGCCCAGUUUCAAGGGUCUCCCCAGGAUAUAGCAGCUGUGAGGAGCCAGGCCGCCCUCCAGAGCAUGCGAACUUCACGGCUGAUGGCACAGAACGCAGGCAUGAUGGGAAUGGGACCCUCCCAGAACCCAGGGACAAUGGCCACAGCGGCCGCCCAGUCUGAGAUGGGACUGGCCCCUUACAGCAACCCAGCUACCAGCCAACCGGGAAUGUACAACAUGAGCACAGGCAUGACCCAAGUGUUGCAGCACCCAAACCAAAGCGGUAUGAGUAUCACACACAGCCAAGCCCAGGGGCCGCGGCAGCCCACCUCGGGGCAAGGGGUUGGGAUGGUGAGUGGGUUUGGUCAGGGCAUGCUGGUGAACUCGCCCAUGACCCAGCAGCGCCAGCAGAUGAAGGGGCCGGUCGGCCAGGCCUUGCCCAGGCCCCAGGGCCCGCCGAGGCUGCAGAGCAUCAUGGGAACGGUCCAGCAGGGAAGCCAGAGCUGGCAGCAGAGAGGCUUACAGGGGAUGCCUGGGAGGACUAGUGGAGAGUUAGCAUCAUUCAACAAUGGCGCCAGCUACCCACUGCAAGCUGGCCAACCGCGGCUGACCAAGCAGCACUUCCCCCAGGGACUGAGCCAGGUGGUGGAUGCGAACCCUGGAGGGGUGAGAACGCUCAACCCGGCUGCCAUGGGUCGGCAGAUGAUGCCACCGCUCCCGGGGCAGCAAGGCACCGGCCAGGCCAGGCCCAUGGUCAUGUCAGGCCUGAACCAGGGUGUUCCUGGCAUGCCAGCCUUCAGCCAGCCCCCGGCACAGCAGCCGAUGGCCAGCGCCAGCUUUGCCUCCAGCAGCCAGAGCCAAGCCUAUGAGCGGAACCCCCCUCAGGACAUGUCGUACAAUUACAGUGGCGACACGGCUGGGGCGUCCUUCCCCGGCCUCUCGGACGGUGCCGACCUUGUGGACUCCAUCAUCAAAGGUGGACCUGGGGAAGAGUGGAUGCAGGAGCUCGAUGAAUUGUUUGGAAACCCCUAGUCAGGAGCGGCCCUGGCCACCACAACUCCAGUGGUUUAAAGCUCCAACCGUGAAAAAGAAACAGGAUGUCACCGCAUCCUUGUUUUUUUGUGUUGUUUUUUUAACCCACGUGAUCUGAGCAAAGCUGCAGCCAGCUGACUGUGGAAGAUCCAGGCCGUCAAUCCACAGCCCCGCCGGGCCCCGUUUCACCUGAUUUUCACACAGCAAUGGAGACAGACGCCCUGCAGACCCUGCUGCGAGAGAGGGGGACACACCAGAGGUGGGCAGGGAAGAUGAUUCCGGAGCCCUCAGCUUGGCACUCCCUGUGAUCACCCAGCCCAGCAAGAGUCGCUGCAGCCAAGACAGACUGCUGCCCCACGUGAGGUGGCCGUCAGAGCCUCCUGGCCUUGGCCGGGGUCUACAGCUUUGGAGACCCAGAGGGGAGAGAGCCUGGGGCCGAGAGUCCCACGGAAGCCCCUGGGUGGUGGCGCAAGCCAAGAGCACAGGUCAGAUACGCGCUAAACUCUGGCUGCAGAGGUAUCAGCCUUCAAGACACGCUACUGGGCUUGGAGGGAAGGUACAAAGAACAGUGAGAUGUCACAGAAGACAGGAGACCCUACAGCCUGUAUCCUGCUCAUGAUGGCCUGCGGGAAUCUUACAGCUUGGAGAAGGGUCCUGGCAGUCCUGGGCGGGCAGCCCUCUGCUGAUGACCGUGGUGACUAUUACUCCGCGGAGUUGGCCUGGAGCUUCCUGGGGGCCCGGUAUGACCCGAUACGUCUCAGCGGGUCCUUCUACUCCCGGAGGCCGAGGAUGGGGAGGCCCAGGGUGGACGCUGUGUGUCUUGUCAGUGCGGCCGCCUUCCCCCGAGCUGGUCCCUGCCCUCAUUCCUCUUCACCUACACCCCAGCCUGCCUGUGCUGGUCCUUGCAGACUAUCCAAGAAGAAAUGAAGCUUUUUGUCUUUAGGGAGCCUGGGCGGAGGGAAAAUAAGAGCAAGAAGAACUUAGACAAUGCCUGAAAUGCAAAGGCCACACUGGAGUUUUUCUUUCUCUGCCUGGAACCGAGCGGGUUGCUCUGCUGCUCGGUGGUGGGUUUCCAUGAGCUGCAUCUGAUGUUUCUGGGACACUAGGGAGGACCAGCCUGGACAUCACCAGCUCUGGUUCCCUUUGGGAAAAUCCCAGGGGUGAUGCUCUUAAAGCAGCCUGACCCCUCAUCCCUGCUCAUCAGAAAGACAAAUCUCAAGCCCCGAAAGCUGAGGAACUGAAAAACCCAUUGCUCCACUUCACACAUUUUGAUAAUGAAAAGAGGGAAGGUAUGGUUCCUUUCCUUGAGCAAAGCGAUCCCCUCUUGAAGUUCUGUACAGUUGUUCUUUGUGUAAUUCACGCAGAUCUGUCCUAAGUGAAGUCUGUUGGAAGGGAUCCACAACCUCUGCUGCUGGAGGGCUGGUCUCAUCUGCCCUACCCUCCCCUCCCACUGGCCUGUUUCAGAGGCCACGGGACAUAGUUCUUGUCCUGAGUGAGUGAGCAUGGCAUAAGCGUUUCUCCUGCCAUCCCUUCCCUCCAUGUCCAAAGGCAGGCUUGCUUCUGUGCACUCACAUGCCACUUGCCACACCAGAGCCCCUGCCCAGCCUGGGGAGUCACACUGAGGGCAGGUCCUGGGACUGAAGCGGGUAAAAAUGAAGCGCUGGGACAGAGGAUGCAGAGAGGCAGCAGGCAGGCAAACACUGCCCGGGGCCUGCUCGCCAAGGACCAAGGUCACAGCUCUCCUUGGCAAGGGGCAGCCUGGAGACCAGAGCGGGCCACGUGGGCGAGGACCCAGGUCGGGGCUGCGGUCCCUGGGGGAGGAGGUGGUGGCCGGCUGACCAUGAACUCCCUGCGUGGGGAAGGCCACCGCCAAGGCAGCUCUCGAAUGGAAGCAGAUGAAAACCAAAACCAAACAAGAGAAAGUGAAGAAACGAGAAGACACAGAAAUAUAUAGUUACCUUUUUCUGAAAGGUACAGGAAAUAAAUAUAUAAGCAAUGAUGAGGAACUGGAGGUGGCUGAUGGAGGGGGGCGAGGGGGCCCCCAUUCUCCCUUAAAAGCUUCCUCCGAAUGCUCAGUACUGGGACCAACUACAUAGAGAGGUAGAUUUUAAUAAGGUGGCUUCGUUUUGUUUUUUGUUUUCACUACGGUGCUGAUGUAUAUGUAAUGUCUAAAAAAAAAGUUAUUUGUAAAUAAGUUUUUACAAUACUACAGAUAUCACUGGGUCUACUAUCUGUAAAAAAUAUACAUAUAAAUAUAUAUAUACUGUUUGUUUAAAAUAGAGUAUUUUUAUUUCAUUCCUUAACUCAUCAUCCCAGCAGUGGUAUUGCACUUCAGAUGAUAUCGAAUUACUAAUUUGUACUGUAUGAUCUAUGGCAACUUCCUCCAUUUGAUUCAGAUUUUUCUAGUUUUCUGGUUUUACUUUGUACAUUGAGCAUUGCUUCUUUCCUUUUGAGAAAUGUACAGAACUUGGAAAUGUAGAAAUGAAGUGAUGUUGGCAUACCACUUUUAAAGAAAAAAAAAAAAUAAAAGAUCGUUAUCUGAACCAAUCCAAAGUUUAGUUUAUUUUAGGGAAUUCCCUGGCAGGCCAGUGGUUAGGACUCCACACUUUGAUUGUCAAGAGGCACAGGGUUCAGUCCCUGGUUGGGGAACUAAGAUCCCACAAGCCUCACAGCAUGGCCAAAGGAAAACAAACAGAAACAUCACUUAAAAAAAAAAAAAAGUAUCUUUUAGGACUGGCACAGGCGCUCCAGCCUUAAUUAAGCAGAUAAACAUUUUAUGCCUGGGUUUUAAUUGAUUAAUUGCAGUUCUUGUCUCGAAGUUUUGAUAUCAUUAUUUAAACAUUUAAGUAACAGUGGAGAUCAAUCAAUCCUCCCCAGCCUUUUUAAUUCCACCACACUGUUAAAACAUUCCAAAUUUGCUCUCCAGGGGAAUGUGGCAAAAGUAAGAGAAUCACCUAUGAAAGGAGUAUACUGGAUCCAUCCAGGAUUCAGAGCCGUGACAGUUCAGCUUCUACCUGGUUCACUCAGGGAACUUGGAAAACAAUCGUACACGUUUCAUUUGAGAAGGAAGAAAACUCAAGGAAUAUAUUAGGUGGGAGAGUAACAGUAGGCCUUGCCCCACUUUAAUGGACACUGUAGUUACACAUGCGCGCGCGCACACACACACACACACACACACACCACAGGUGCCUUACCUCCCAGCUGCGGCUCUUUGGAGGGCGGUCUCCCGCCAGAGCCCGGCUCAGCCAGCAGCUGAGUUCCACAGAGUUGAACGUGCUUAGACGUUUACAUCCCUCCAGACUCACUGAGCCAAUGGCCUGCUGGUGCAGGAGCGUGAAAGCCCAGUUAACUUGCCCGGACAAACCCUGAGGCAAAAUUUCUGUCCCGAGCUCCCCUCCAGGAGCUGGCAGAGGUUGGGACUUCGCCAGAAGGUGCUCCCUUGCUGGGCUUCCUGCCUUUUUCUGCCCUGUUCCCCCCUCCCCAACUCCCUCAGCUUCCCCUUCCUGGGAGCCCUUUGUUAACAAAUCACUCACAUGUGAAUCCACUCCACUUCUAGAAGACCUGACCUAAGGCUUUCCAUCAGACUUUGAAAGGCAUGGUAAAAGAGCACAUGUCAAAACUGUCUGGAUGAAGCAAAGGAGCCCACAAGAACAGAAUAAGGUCAUCAUCAAAAAUAGAUCCAAACCAAAGGUGAGUUUUAAUACAUACAAACCAAGAGAAGGAAUGAACUUGACUAUGGAAGAAAAGUCCCUUCCAUGGGUAGGGACUGAACCCCACCCGUCGUGGGCUAUGGUUCCAGACCAGCUGACAAAUAAGAGCAUGGAGGAAAAAACUGUGUGACAGUGGGCCUUGUCCCAGUAAUAUAGACUUAGUGACUUGUGGUCAAAAAUCAACUGAUUUGGGGGUGGGGAUGGAAAGGCUGACAGCAGAAUAAAUCAUGAAGCCUGAGAAGGGUUGAGUACUCCUUGUCUGGGUUAGUUAAAACCACAUGUUUUUACUUACUGCCCUGGAUGGAUGGAAUACCUUUCUCCUUUAAAAUGAUUUCUUAUUUGUACUCAUGUUGACCUUUAUAAAAUCUCAGUAUAGCAAGUGUGUAACAGGGGAAGAAGGAGGGAGAGAAUAAACAUUUUUCCAAGAAGUCACUGGGCAUCUGCCCCCGUGAGGAAGUAUUUUACUGCUGAAAGUUAAGGAACAUUCAGAAGCAUUAGAGGAUCUAUUUCUGCCUUUAAUCCAUCUUUUCAAGGAAGGGUCUAUUAAUAUCUAGAGAAAUGGGGUUAAAGAAAACAAAGACUUGAUGUUUUUCCUUAUAAUGACAUUUUAGCCACACCUCAUUGUCCACCAAUCCUGCAAAGAAAAGAAGGGGAGGAAAAAUACCGUGGGAGAGAGCAGGGCUACUUGUUUGUGUAAAUAGUCCUUUAUCUAACUUCUUUGUAAGUUGUGAGGACAUUAGAUUUCACGCUGCUGUCCUCUGGACAAGUUACCACAGACACAUGUCUCAUUUCAUAACAAGCAGAGGUAAUUAGGGCAUCAUUCACACACUUGGAGCUUCCCAUGUGGUACUCGUGGUCAAGAACCCACCAGCCAAUGCAGGAGACAUAAGAGACACGGGUUUGAUCCCUGGGUUGGGAAGAUCCCCCUGAGGAGAGCAUGGCAACCCCCUCUGGUAUUAUUCGCUGGAGAAUCCCAUGGACAGAGGAGCCUGGCGGGCUACAGUCCACAGGGUCACACAGAAUCCGACAUGACUGAAGUGACUUAGCCCACAGCACUCACACACUUGGGCCAUAUCCAGGACAGCUGCCGACCACAACUUACGCUAUGGCUCUGUUCCUAACACUGAUCCCAAAUCAAGCAUACAGCACUCAACAUUAGAAAAAAGAUCUACAGAGCUACCAAGAAGCUGACUUUAGCUUUUAACUUUGCUUCAGAAUUUUUAACUUUUCUGUUAUGAACCUUUUCCAACAGGCAGAAAAAUAGUAUAAUGCAAUGAAGAGCUAUACACUUAGCAACUCAAUUUGAUACUUAUUAACACCUCGUCAUAUACGCUUCACAUAUGUAUUUUGUGGAACUAUUUCAAACGAAGCUAUACAUAACCGGUCACUUCACCCCACAACCUCCCAGCAUACAACGCCAAAGAAUUAGGGCAUUUUCUUCCCUAGCCAUAACAACAUUAUAGCACUGAAGACACGAUUCCCUAAUACUGAAUUCUUAUUCCUUAUUCAAAUUGUCCCAAAUGUCUCCCAUAGCUAUUUUUUUUUCUAACUAGGCUUUGAUCAAGGACCCCACAUCACCAUUUGGGUUUUAUGCCUUUUGAAGGCUCUAUUAAUAGAGAAAAGUUCUUCUCCCUUUGUUUAUAACAUUAACUUUUUGAGGCAAGGAAUCUGAUUUCUAAAAAUAAAAUCAAAAAACAAAAUAAAACAGGGACUUCCCUAGCAGUCCAGUGGUUAAGAUUCUGCACUUCCAAUGCAGAGGGCACAGGUUCGAUCCCUGGUUGGGGAACUAAGAUCCCACAUGCACCACACAGCAAAAAACAAAAGGAAAUAAAAUCAGUCAACUUACUAAUACACAAAAAAUAUGUAUGUCAAACAUAUCAGAAACUCACAUCUCUCUGGCCAGCACAUUUACUCCCUGCAGCCAAAUUUAUACGAAUUAAAAUCAUCAAGAGGUUGCCUUGGUGACAACAGAAUUAGAACAAAGGGAAUAAGUUCUAUAGUUCAGAUACUAUAAAGAUACAAAGUUUGAUAUACUGGUGGGCUGGUCUUCAUUUUCCACAUGUAUGGUUUAACCAAACUGUGUGUGUGUCUGUGUGUGUGUGUGUUUUCAGUUUACAUAUUUAAACAGUUCCAAUUUAGAUGCAAAAU